UUGUAAACAGAGCGGAUACAAGGCAUGAACAAACUAACCAAUAACUUCAUGAGUUUACAGUCACGUGAUGACAUUCUAGAAAUUCCUAGGUGCCGCCUGGAAUUUCUGUCCUAAAAAAUUGAGAUAAAUAAAAUGAUGUCACCCUUCAUUUUGACGGGAUGCUCCUAUAAUUUCUACAAUAUGUUGGUGGUAUUUUUUUUCUUGUAAGAAACUUCUUGAAAGCGUUUUCUCGUUUUGUGUUCGUAAUUCCCGCCAAAGUUUUGGCGGGAAUUAAUUUGUCGCGCGCGCGCCAACUGGGUUUUCCCGCCAUUUUGCUAUUUGUCGUCAUAUUCUGUGUUCAUUCACCGUAGAGAAACUGCAUUCUAGAGGGGUUGAAACAUUUAAAAGUUUGAGAAAACUAAGCUACAUUUUUACGGCUAAGCGAGUACUUAGUUAACAACAAUGGCAACAGCGCAGAUGGUUAGAAAUGAAUCCAAAACAGUCAGUUGGUCAAGCAUUUUUCCACCAGAACAAGUCACAGAACAACAGUCAGUGUUGUUUGUAAAGAAGCUACUUGCAGUUGCUGUGUCAAGUGUAUCUUAUUUGAGGGCAAUCUUCCCAGAGCAUGCAUUUGGUGACAGGCGUCUAGAAGAUUUGAAUCUAAAGAUUUUGAAGGAUGAUAGUGCCUGCCCAGGUGCCUGUCAAGUGAUUCAAUGGAUAAAAGGAUGUUUUGAUGCUCUGGAUAAGAAAUAUCUCAGGAUGAUUGUGAUUGGGAUUUAUGCUGAUGCUGAUGACCCCGAUACUAUUAUUGAGUCAUAUACAUUCAAGUUUACCUAUAACAAAGAGGGAAUGAGCAUUUUUCGCAAUGGCAAUAAAAUAGCAAGUGCCUACACUGAAGCUGAGACAAAGAAAGCAACCAUCAGACUUCUGAGAACAAUCAUCAUCUUGACACAGACCCUGACAUCACUUCCAGACGAUGUCAUGAUGAGUAUGAGACUGUACUACUAUGAUGAUGUAACCCCUUCAUCUUACCAGCCUCCAGGAUUCACGGAGGCUACUAGCAGUGCGUUUGAAUUUGCUGAUGAGCCAAUGAACAUUAAAGUUGGAGAUGUCUCUACGCCCUUCCACACGGUUAAGCUACGGAUAAAGACCGAGCUUCACCAAUUUGAGCUGAAGGAGGAUGACGAGGAAGACGAUACGACAGGCGUGGAUGCUGGCGGGCUUAUUAGAAACAACGCGGAUGUUGAUGAGGGGAUGGAGGAAGACUCCCAGAUGCCACUAGAUCACACGGAUAACACGCCUGUGACGCAUUUCCGCGAAUUCGGAGCCGUGGAUGACCACACCCCGCCGACAACUCUCACUGAGACUACUAGAAAAAGCGCCAAGCGUCAGAAUGACUCUCAGCAGAUUGUACCCGAUGGGAUGGAGUGUGACAAGGUGCCAAUAGAAAGCCCAAAUACACCAGGUCUGAGAGGGACUGCAGGUGGUGUAAGUACUCGUGCUUCAAGCCAGCCAUCCGGGGAGACCCCCAAUAUCGAGGAAGACAUGCAAAAGACCGACGAUACUGUCAGUUGUGCGUGUGGCUAUAACGAGGAUGACGGUUUGAUGAUCAUGUGCGGAAUCUGCAAGUUUUGGGAGCACGCCGUCUGUUAUGGAAUUCUCCAAGAAGAACAGGCUCCGGACUUCCACGUUUGUGCGAAAUGCUGCAGGAAACCGGGACAGCCACAAUGCACGGAUGCAUUACUUGGCGAGCUUGGCUCAGUAGAGCUCCAGGCUGCAGCGUUAUGGAGACGUGCGUUGCUAGCAUGCAGCGAGAUGAGCAGAAUUCUACCUACCACAAUGUCACGCCGACUUGGUGUGGAGAUGACAGUUGCUCAUGGUUUGGUUAACAAGCUGGAAAAGGAAGGCUUUGUUCGUUCAGCAGCGAAAGGAAAAAGACUGGGCAAGAUAGUGAACAAGACAAUGCUCAAAGAGGAGGAACUGAAAGAGUACAUAAAGAAGCCAAAAGUGUCAGACAAACACUUAAGCAACACGCAAUCACAGAACACCGGGACCCGACAAACAGCGCAAAGCAUUGAUAGCAUCACAGAGAAAGCUUCAAUGAUGGAUGUGUCCGGACGCCGAAGAACCAAGAGAAAUACGGAUGCCGACGAAAAAGACACUGAUUCACCAACAAAGCAGAAGAAAAAGGGUGGAAAACGAGCGAUAUCAGCUUUAGACAAGACGAAAGAGUUUGAUAUUUCUGACAGCCAAGAAGCCUUCCAAGACUGCGAUGCCCCAGCAAGAAAGAGGAAAUCCAGCAUCUCAACCAAAGCAAUAUUGGUGUAAACCACAUUAAUAUCUAAAAAGCACUAAGUCUAUUUUUGUUGCAGUAUUUUAUUUACCAAAUUAUAGCGAGGAUGCUGUUAUAAAUUCGGAGCAGGCCCCUCCUGAACAGAAUUAUUUAUUGAACAGAAUUAUUUAUUGGAUAAAUGUUUCUUGAAUCGAAUUUUCUUGUAUAAUUUUCUUACCGAUUAUGUUACAAUUAUGAUACAAUUAUUGACAAGGACAAUAAGUAAUUAUCAAAGUU